AUGCAGGUUGUCUGUGACCAUAACCGCAAAAUCAUUGAUUUUUUUGCCGGUUAUCCUGGGUCCGUACACGAUAGUAGGGAAUUCAGGAAUUCACCAGUCUGCAAUACUUUGGAAGAAAAAUGUGGUCCAUAUUUCUUGCUCGGUGAAAGUGGGUAUCCAUUACAAACGCGAUUGAUGACCCCAUUCAAGGACCGAGAGCAGUUAACAAGGAAGCAAUUUAAUUAUAAUUUAAAGUUGAGCAAAAACAGAUAUCGCAUUGAACACUGCUUUGGAAUUUUGAAGCAAAAAUUUAGACAGUUUUAUCACAUAAAAUUCAGAAACAUCACUAAAAUUGUUCAUUUUAUGCGAGCGUGUUGUGUGUUACACAACAUUGCCAUUGAUGAUGAAUUCCUCGAAGAAAUUUUAGAAGAUUUCUCUGCAUCAAACGCACRAAUACAAGCUGUACCACAAAACCAAGGCAUUUUGGAGGAAGAGGAUAUUGAGGAAGACCAAGAUGCCAAAAGGAUUAGGGACAGAAUAGUAGAUGCACUUUUAUUUAAUUAUAGUAGUUAA